AUUACUGUGGCUUAAACCCUACUCCCGGAGGUGGGUUUAUCUUUCUCUCCAAGGCGCGCGAAUCGCGAACGCUUGAUCUUUUCUUACACCUUUUUUCUUCCUGUCGGAUUCUGCUCUCUUGAUACCUCUGCAAAAAAAUGGCUGCUGCUGAUUCGAGUGCUGAACCUGCUGCUGGUUCUUCGGGUACCAAUGAGAGCGUUACAAAGAUUGAACCGAUCCGGAUGCCCACCGUCGAAGAGAUGAGAGCCCAAGAGGUUUGGAACAACUGUGCCGUCAAAAGUGUAGCUAGUGGAGUCAUGGGGGGAGGGCUUGGGUUGAUGAUGGGUUUGUUCAUGGGAGCAUUGGAGAAUCCUAUUAUGCAUGAUACGAUGACUGGUAGGCAGCAGUUUAUCUUCACAGCAAAACAAAUGGGGCAAAGGAGUUGGGGUUCUUGCAAGGCAUUUGCGGUUAUGGGUUUGGUUUACUCUGCAGCUGAAUGCAUUGUCGAGAAGGCAAGAGCGAAGCAUGACAUAGUAAACACCGCUAUUGCUGGAUGUGUGACCGGCGGUGCAAUGUCUGCCCGAGGUGGGCCAAAAGCUGCGUGUAUAGGCUGCGCUGGGUUUGCAACUUUCUCAGUACUCAUUGAGAAGUUCUUCGACAGGCAUACGUAAACCAACACCAUAUCUAACAAGCACCAUUGCUGGGUAGUUGUUUAGCUGUUUCCUUUCUGUGACCGUGAAUACAGGGAGAGGGGAAACUAGGAUUAUACUUAUUGAAACAUAUAAUUCUUUUGAUUGAAUAUUUGUUCAGCUGCUUGUCAUUACUUUAUCAUAGAUUUUGAUUACACUCGGGCUCCAAUAUUAAAAGUGUUC